AUGGCUUACCACACCAGUAAAAUUACCGCAGCAUCACUAAUGGCGACAGCUAUUAUUGUUCUACUAGCCGGCGGGGGCCAAUUGCGCACUUCCCUUGGAGCUUCGCUUUGCGGCAACACUCCGGCGACAUAUCAGGAGAUGUUCGCCAGUAAUGUGCAUAGCCUUGUUGACGAUCUGGUCCAGUACACCACAAGCGUGCUCCCAGAUGAAUUCACCUACAGCCGCACGGUUCCAAGUUUUGGCGGUCCUGGUUCCGUUUCAGGCACUGGCACUUGUUAUGAUCAAGGAGCCAUAACUGCUGCGGAUUGCGCCAACUGUCUCUCUGAAUUGCAGCCGUAUUUGGAGUUAUGCGCACAGUACUUUUCUUCCGGGGGAGCUUCCUAUGACGGAAGGUGCACGAUUCAAUUCCAGGAAAAUUUACAGUAG